CCCGGCUGGUUUUGGGGUGUCAGCAGCUGUCCGGCGCUGGGCAUGGAGCGUGUGCGGGGAGCUGGGGCCGUGCUGGCGGUGCUGGUGGUGCUGGGAGCCCCCCCGGCUGCGGGCGAGGAGCUGUCGGGGGUGUUCCAACUCUUGAGAAGGGAAGGGUGUCACUUCAUCAAUGGCACCGAGCGGGUGAGGUUCGUGGCGAGUCUCAGUUACAACCGGGAGCAGUUUGUGCACUUCGACAGCGAUGUGGGGGUGUUUGUGGGGGACACUCCGUUUGGGGAGAAGGUUGCCAAGUACUUCAACAGCAACCCAGACCUUCUGGAGAACGCACGGUCUUUGGUGGACACAGCCUGCCCGCACAACUACAAGAUCGUCACCCCGUUCACCGUGGAGAGGAGAGUGCCCCCC